AGGCUGACUGCUGCUAACAGGUGCCGCUCCAUGUGAGAGGCAGCGGGAUAUGUACGUGGAGGAGAGAAGGACGUCACCAUGAUGGAGGAGCUCUUCUGUAAACUUGUGACCAUUAUCAUCAAAUGCCGGGACUGUGAGGAGAGGCGAUCCACUGUCAGACUGACUGUAGAAACACACUGUUUUUCAAAACCUGCAUAUAAGAAGGACCUUAUUGUUCGUCUUUCGGAUGACGCGGAUCCAUUUUUCCUGUACAAUCUCACUCUAGGGGAAGAAGAUUUUAUAAGCCUCAAGAACCAGCAAGGAUUACUAGUGGAAUAUUCAGCAUUUCCACAGAGGUUCAUAGAGCUUUUGGAGCAGUGUAUAUCUGAACAAGAAAAGUCCGUACCUAGGUUUUUGCUACAGCUUCUAACAUCUUCCAGUGGACUUGACUGUAUGUCUGCAAGCCUGAAUGUAAUUGAAACAAAUCCAUUCAAGCACCUUGUUCACCUCUCAUUAAAACUUUUAGAAGGGAAUGACAGCGACAUAAAAAAAUAUCUUGCUGACUGCAUUAAGAGCUUAAAGUUAGAAAAUUGUCUCCUAAAGGGAAAACUAGUGAGCUCUGAAGAGGAUUUUUCUCAGAAGAUAUGCUUGCUACAACAGGGUCUCGAAGAAAAAUGUACAGAACUCAGUAAGUUGAGGAAUGAAUGGACAUCACAGACAUCUUUUUUAACCAGUAGGCAUACACAAGAAAUCACUGCUGAAAGGGAGAAGGUCUUACAGAUUCAAACACAGUACCAGCAUCAAUAUGAACAGCAAAAGAAGGAGUUGGAAUCGUCAAGUAACCGAACAAUACAGCACUUGGAAAGCAGAGUAUCUGAGUUGGAAGCACUUAACAAAGACCUCACGGAGAGAAAAUAUAAGUCAGAAUCAUGUAUUCGAGAAAUCAAAGGCAAACUAGCAGUAGUGGAAGAGGAAAAUCAUAGAGCAAAACAGGAGAUAGCCUCUCUCCGAAGAGAGACUAGUGCUCUGGAUUCUGAGUGCCAUGAGAGAGAGAAACUCCUAAACCAGUAUAAAAUGCGAACAGCUGUUCUAGAACAGGAAGUCAAGGCUAAAGAGGAAGUUGUAAUAAAAAGCACAGAUGCCUGUGAAAGUGCUCAACAACAUGAGAAAAAGUUAGAAGAAUCUCUUGAACAUAAACAACUACAAACUGUGAAGCUUGAAACAACCAUCAAAUCACUCUCUGAGGAGUUGAUAAAAGCAAAUGAAAUUAUAAAAAAGUUGCAAACUGAUAUGAAGAAAUUGGUAGACAAAAUGAAGCUAAAAAAUGCUGUAACAAUGCAGCAAGAAAAGCUUUUGGGAGGCAAGGAGCAGAUGCUUCAAAAAGAGAAAACUGAGCUAGCUAAUGUAAAGCAUAGCCUGAAGAUGAAAGAAGAUGAGGUGUUGAAGUUACAAAAGCAACUAGAGUGUACAACUGAGAAACUGGAAGAGAGCAAGCAACUGUUGAAAACCAAUGAGAAUGUUAUUUCCUGGCUUAACAAGCAGUUGAAUGAGAAUAAAAUUGCUCCUUUCCAAGGAGCCCAAGGGUUAUGUGAAAUUCCUGGUUUGGUCAAAACAAUAAAUCCUCCUUCAAACAUGGGAACAAUUCAGAACAAUCAGGUGAGAUUCAGUUUAAAUUUCCCUUCUGAUUGCAGUCCCACCCUUGAGCCCAGGCAUAUUCCUUCUACAUCCACUCCUGUUUUGCCUCCUACCUCAUGUGACUCAAUUGGAUUAGAUAUGAAGUACCUAAAAAGAAAUGCCAGUGUCCCAGUCAAAGGACCAAAGAAUGUAAAUGGCACAAGCUCGGGCACAUCAAAGUCAGUUUUACCGAAAUCUGGAAGUUCUCCCAUAUUGUCAGCUUAUUUUCCUGGACAACAACCCAGACUUCCUGCCUCUUAAAAUUCAACUGAAUAAAGUGAUUUGCUGCAACUAACUGAACGCUGGUUUGGGUAGAUAUGCAGUUAAAGGGGUUGUCAAGUAUUAGAAAAACAUGGCUGCAUUCUACCAAAAACAGCACCACUCCUGUCCACAGGUGUGUGGGAUAAGUCAGUGCUGCGCUAUUGACUCCGGGGGAGCUGCGCUGCAAUAGUAGACUUAAUGCACAGAUGGGGUUUUGUGAAGAAAACAGGCGUUUUUUUUUUUCUGAUCCUGGACAACCCCUUUAAUUAAAACUGCCACAGAGACCAAAAUGCUGU